AUGCUUUACGAGUUUGUCAGUCCACAAAAUGUCAUCUUUCAAGCGAGUUCCAUUAUUUUGUACCAUAAUCGUGAUCCUAGCUGGACUGGGUCACCACACAGCUGAAAGUCGACUCCCAGACUGCGUUCUUUAUCCCAGAUGUCUGAUGACAAAGGACCCCUGUUGCAUGUAGUUCAUCUAAAGAAAUCAAAGAAGGAUAUGGUAUCGCAACUGGAACUGGAGAACCAACGAUAUAUCAGCACUUGUCAGGGGUGGUAACAAAAAGUGCACUCUGUUUUAAUAUAUACAAAUAUCCACAAAUAUCUGGCCUUAAAAUGGCAACAUUUGGGGUCUUCUCAUAAAUCAAUUUCGUUUUUACUACGAGUGCCGUUUGUCUGUGUUACUUUAACAUGACCACUGCCAACGAUUUUUCUGGCCAUUUGUGUGUCGUUCAGUUAAUAAAGCCGCAAACCCGAGAAGAAAAAGUAGCAGAUUCAACAAACAGGCAAAAACUCUUGGUUUUACUUUUGGCCCGCAAGCGUAUAAAUAUUGUUUUUAAAACCCAAUGAAAUAUUGCAUGCGUUUUUGAUGGAUCGCCCAUAUGUACACAUAGCAUUUAUAAAUAAAUAAAUAUAAUCAUAAAUAAAUAAUGGACCAGCACAUGACAGCUCGGUGGCAAAAAACGCACAAAGAAAAAUAAAUAUUACACCAAAUUAAAAACUUA